GGAGACUGUUCAUUCCCAGCCACGCUGAAUGUAGAGGGGACAGCACACUUUUGACUUUGUUUGAGUCAGAAUUCACAGAGGAAUAUUCUUUUUCUUCAACAGAACCAAAGGAGUAAACAAGAGGAAAAGAAAGUAAGAAAAAAUUACAAGGAUUUGUUCUUUAUUUUUUUUCCCUCUAAUUGAAUUGAGAAACACGUGACAGCCGGUUUUGCCACUGAAUUCCUUCACUUAAGGCGUGAGACAAUCUAAUUUUUCUUUCUUUGAUGUUGUGCAGUUUAGUUUUGCUUUGAGAGAGUGUACUGACAUAAAGCACAAUGGUUGCUGGAAUGCUAAUGCCCUUGCGGGACCUGAGGGCCAUCUAUGAAGUCCUGUUUCGAGAUGGUGUCAUCGUGGCCAAGAAGGACAAGAGGCCUCAGAUCAAGCACCCUGAGGUAGAAGGUGUCAGCAACCUACAAGUAAUCCGUGCCAUGGGGUCUCUUAAAUCCAGAGGCUAUGUGAAGGAGACAUUUGCCUGGAGACAUUUCUACUGGUACCUGACCAAUGAGGGCAUUGUUUACCUGCGUGACUACCUCCACCUGCCCCCUGAGAUUGUUCCUGCAUCCCUGCAGAGGGUGAGGAAGCCAGCCGCCACUCUAGCCAUUGCUCACCGGGCUGCACGGGUCCAGUCUGUGGACGGUCCUACGUCUUAUGUUCCCAAGCCGGGACGCAGAGGUGAAGCAGAGAGCCAAGAGGCAUUGGCCGAGCGUCAAGGAUACCGCCAUAAGAUGAUGGGCCCAGGGGAAAGAGAUAGCUACUCUGAUAGGACCCCCAGGUUUAGGGGUCGUCCACUGGCUGUAGAUCCAGUCAGACCAAAAGCAUCAUGGGAAGUGGAAGACCAGCAUCAGCCUCUGUACAGGAAGGGGAACAGCUUCAGAAGUGAAGCAGCAAUGAUGGAGGAAGACAGGGUGAAAAGAGUUUCUCGUCAGCAGCCUGAUGUGAGCAGUGAGAGGCCAGUAAAUACAUCACAGGAGAGAAGAGUGUUUGAGGUCCAAAGGGAGAGGGAGCCAAGUUCUGCCCCUGUUCAGACAGCAGCUUUGAAACAGGAUGUAUCGCAGACCACUCUGACAUCAGUGUCCUCCAAAACAGCCCUGUCAUUAACUGCGGCUGCUGUUGCUGAGGCUACAGGUGGUGCAGCAUCAAAGAUUUCAGCUGAACCCUCUACUCCCAAAACAAAUAAAGAAAAGCCCAAGAUCGCUGAUGAGGAAGCUUCCAUGAAGUCUAGUGAAAUGGUCACAAUCAAUUCAUGUACCACAAAGCUUCCUGAUACAGAGGUCAAAGAAGAGAAGACAAAAAAGAUGAUUGUGGAUCCAGUUAAAUCUGCAGAGGUGAAGACUACAGUUGAAACUGCAGCUGGUAAAGUGAAGCCCCAAACAGUUAUUACAAUUGCACAGGUUCAGGAAACCUCCAGACUUCUUACUGACACUGCCACCACCAUCCCUGCCGUCAUAAAGCCUGCCAAUAAGGAUGUCAAAGAUGAAAAGGUUCAGAAAGCAAAGGUGAAAGAGGAAUCAAUUAAACCUACAGAAGUGAAGACCCAAGUUGAAUCAAAAAUAGAUCAUGAGAAGGUCAAGAAAAUGGCUGUUACUCAGGAGACCACCAAACCUCCACCUGACAGUACCACCAGCCAGCCAGUAUUGUCCACUGAUGCAGUAAAGGAGAUUUCCAAAGUUAAAGUUACUCAGGAGCCCAUUGAUGCUGCACCAACUUCAGUGAAAACUACUACACUCACCAAGUCCUCAAUACUUGAAGUUACAACUACCAUGAGUACAACAACACUCUCAGCACCUAUGACCAAAGCUGAAGAUGUGCAACCAGUCAAGGGGAAAGCUACAACAACAGAGAUUAUUACAAAACAGGAGAAAACUGAUGUGAAGGUGAUUCCACAUGUCAAGAGAGAUGAGACAAUAGUGCUUGAAGAGGUCCACAAAGUCUCAGUACAGGAUCCCAUAUUAGUGCAAAAAGACUCCUCACCUCAGUCCAAUCGUAAUGUUGACGCUAUAGAGGUGGUUAAGGAAACCAAACAAGUGGUUGAAGGAAGCUCUAAAUCAAAAAGGAAGAAAAAGAAAUCUCCAGGUGAGAUAUCUAAGAGUGUCAACACUGAGGAACCAGCUGACACAAAUGUGAAGGAAAAAACAUCUAAAGACAAGCCUCCAGAGGAGGUGGCAGAAAAUACCCCCCAACCCAUACCAGUGAUUACCUCAGAGCCUUUAACUGUGUCUAACAGUGUAAAGAGUGAUGAGGCCUCCCCUGCAGAGAAAAAUAAGGCUGAGGCUAAAAUUUAUAUAGAUAGGGAGCAAAUAAAAGAGGUGACUAAGCAAACUGAUGGGAAGCAAAAGGAGGAAGUCCCCAGACAAACUGAAAUUAUUUCUAAAGAAGCUUUGCUACCAUCUGGCCAGAUCCCUGCAGUGCCCCCAGUGGAGCUUCCAGAUGAUGUACAAGUAAAAGAGAAGGCUGAAGAAAGCAAUGUCUGCAAGAUCACACAGGGACCAUUAUGCCCCACUACCGAGUUAAAAGCUAAGUUGCCUCACAUGGAGCCAGUGAAAUCUGAAGAAAUGCUUGUUAACAAAGUUAAAACAGUGACUGUGCAGAAAGUAACUAAAGUGGAACUCAUGCAAGAAAGCUCCAAACCUGCAGAGAAAAACUCUGUGCCACUGUCAGAAUCUCAAAAACCCACAGCUGAGACUAAAUCCCCAGUAAGCACAGGGAAAGCUGCAGAGGAAUCUUCAAAGGGUAAGAAGAAAGGGAAAGGGAAAAAGCAGGCUAAGGCACCAGAAACAGAGACUAUAAAGGCAAAGCCUGUCCUUUUGCCUGAAGCAGAAGCAUCGCCAUCCAUUGACAUUACAUCAUUGCAAAAGGCCACAGUUAAAGACAGCCCUGUCACGGCCUCUGAACUGACAGAAACUAAUGUUUCUCCAAAGAUGACUCCUGAAAGAAUGUGCAGUGAGGAAAUCAGGCAGGCAGCAGCUGUGCUCUCUGAGGCCCCAUCAGACAAAAGGGAGGUGGAGCCAGCACUGCUCUUUGCAGAAAAAAUCAAGCGGGAGGUUCCGAAACCAAAAACAUCCUCCACUGCGAGGGAAGCACCCUCAGCCGGAGAAUUAGCGUCAGCGGCACCAGCAGUAACAGCAGAGGCAGCUGCAGCUCAGGCACAGGCCAGCCCCCUAGUCAAAGAAGAGGAGCCUCCCAGAGUUGCACAACAUUCGGCCACUCGGGCAGCAGAGCUCAGCGCAGAGAAAAGCCUCUCUCGUUCUGAGGCCUUAAAACAGGAGGAAGAGAGGAAGAGGGACUUGAAAGAAGACACACCCUCUGCCACUGCCACACCCGCGGCUGCCCUGCCUGACCAGCCUCACCUGGGUGACACCUGUGAAUCUGUAAGCCCUGACAUAGACGAGGCCAACAUGAGGAGAAAGAUUGUGGUGGUAGAAGAGAUAGUUGAGGUGAAACAGCUUAUUAGUCCUGGUGAGCAGUCACCUCCUCCACCUGUGCAGUCUGAGGUGGAAGAAGAGGAACUGGACCUCGAUGUUUUGGAAGAGAUCGCCAUAGAGCGGGCAAUACUGUCAGGGGUCACGGGGGCCAAGGUGCAAGGAGCCUCACCUGAGGCAGACUGGGACCACUCACUGGAGGAGCCAGAGGAGAAGACGUGGCCUAACUUCAUUGAAGAUGAACGAGAUCGAGUACAGAAAAAGACCUUCACAAAAUGGGUGAACAAGCACUUGAUAAAGCAUUGGAGGGUAGAGGCACAGCGUCACGUGUCAGACCUGUAUGAAGACCUUCGAGAUGGACAUAACCUGAUCUCUCUGUUGGAGGUCCUGUCUGGGGAAACACUACCCAGAGAGAAAGGCCGCAUGCGUUUCCACAAACUGCAGAAUGUACAGAUAGCACUGGACUUCCUCAGACACCGGCAGGUCAAGCUGGUUAACAUCAGAAACGACGACAUAGCAGAUGGAAACCCCAAGCUGACCCUGGGGUUAAUAUGGACCAUCAUCCUCCACUUCCAGGUCUCCUCAUCUAUCUCAGAUAUUCAGGUGAAUGGCCAGUCAGAGGAUAUGACGGCCAAGGAGAAGCUGCUGCUCUGGUCCCAGAGGAUGACUGAUGGCUACCAGGGCAUCCGCUGUGACAACUUCACCACCAGCUGGAGGGAUGGCAAACUCUUCAACGCCGUCAUACACAAACACUGUCCCACACUCAUCGACAUGGGCAAAGUGUACCGACAGACCAACGUGGAGAACCUGGAACAGGCCUUCGGUGUGGCUGAGAGAGACCUGGGUGUGACACGCCUACUGGACCCUGAGGACGUCGAUGUCCCUCACCCUGAUGAGAAGUCCAUCAUCACUUAUGUAUCAUCCUUAUAUGACGCCAUGCCUCGGACUGAUGUACACGAUGGCAUCAGAGCUAAUGAGCUGGAGCUGCGCUGGCAGGAGUACUACGAGCUGGUGACUCUUCUGCUCCAGUGGAUCCGCCACCAUGUCAUGAUCUUCGAGGAGAGGAAGUUCCCCGCCAGCUAUGAGGAGAUAGAGUUGCUGUGGCGCCAGUUCUUGAAGUUCAAAGAGACAGAGCUGCCAGUGAAAGAGUCCGACAAGAGCCGGUCUAAACACAUCUACCAGUCCUUUGAGAGUGCUGUCCAUGCUGGUCAGGUGAAGGUCCCUCCAGGCUAUCAUCCCAUUGAUGUGGAGAAAGAAUGGGGUCGACUCCAUGUUGCCAUCCUCGAGAGAGAGCGACUGCUGAGAAUUGAGUUUGACAGACUUGAGAAACUCCACAGGAUUGUCAGUAAAGUACAGAUGGAGUCUGGUUUGUGUGAUGAGCAGCUCAGCCACCUGGAGACCCUGCUGCAGGCGGACAUUCGUCUGCUGAAUGCAGGAAAACCAGCACAACACACAGCUGAAGUGGAGAGGGAGCUGGACAAGGCAGACAACAUGAUUCGCCUGCUCUUCAAUGAUGUGCAGAUACUUAAGGAUGGGCGCCACCCUCAGGCUGAACAGAUGUACCGCAAGGUUUACCGCCUCCAUGAGCGCCUGGUGAACUUGCGCAGCGAUUACAACCUUCGUAGGAAAACUGUUGCUGUGACCACUUCCACCGCGGCGCGGUCUGAUGUGGAUGAUGUCACUCUGCGCUACGUCCGAGACCUGCUGGCCUGGGUGGAGGAGAACCAGCGCCGCAUUGAUGAAGCUGAGUGGGGAUCAGAUCUGCCCUCUGUGGAGUCCCAGCUGGGCAGCCACAGAGGCCUACACCAGACUGUGGAGGAUUUCCGAUCCAAGAUUGAGCGGGCCAAGGCUGAUGAGAGCCAGCUAUCCCCUGCCAGCAAGGGUACAUACAGAGAAUACCUGGGUAAACUGGACCUUCAGUAUGGCAAACUACUGAACUCUUCCAAGUCCCGCCUGAGGAACUUGGAUUCACUCCACGCCUUCGUCAGUGCCGCCACUAAGGAACUGAUGUGGUUAAAUGACAAAGAGGAGGAGGAGGUCAACUUUGACUGGAGUGACAGAAACACCAACAUGACUGCUAAGAAAGACAACUACUCUGGUCUCAUGCGAGAGCUGGAGCUGAGGGAGAAGAAGGUCAAUGAUAUCCAGGCCAUGGGAGACAAACUUGUCAGGGACGGACAUCCUGGCAAGAAGACAGUUGAGGCCUUCACAGCUGCCCUGCAGACUCAGUGGAGCUGGAUCCUCCAGCUGUGCUGCUGUAUUGAGGCUCAUCUCAAAGAAAACACAGCCUACUACCAGUUCUUUGCUGAUGUAAAAGAGGCUCAGGACAAGAUGAAGAAAAUGCAAGAGAACAUGACAAAGAAAUACAGCUGCGAUCGCUCUACAACAGCCACACGCCUGGAGGAUCUGCUGCAGGAUGCUGUGGAAGAGAAGGAACAGCUGAAUGAAUUCAAGACCAUGGUGACCGGCCUGAACAAGAGGGCCAAGUCCAUCAUCCAGCUGAAACCACGUAACCCCACCAGCUCCAUCAAAGGCAAACUGCCCAUUCAGGCUGUGUGUGACUUCAAACAACAGGAGAUCACUGUCCAUAAAGGAGAUGAGUGUGCUCUCCUCAACAACUCCCAGCCCUUCAAGUGGAAGGUCCUGAACCGCUCUGGACACGAGGCAGUGGUGCCCUCUGUCUGCUUCAUUGUACCUCCAGUCAACAAGGAGGCCGUGGACAGUGUGUCCAGCUUGGAUGGAGGCCAUCAGCAGAUGGUGUCCAUGUGGCAGAGGCUCCACAUAAACAUGAAGAGUCUGCUAUCAUGGCAGUACCUGAUGAGAGACUUCACACAGAUACGAUCCUGGAACAUCACCAUGAUAAAGACCAUGAAACCAGAGGAAUAUAGGCUGAUGAUGAGGAACCUGGAGCUCCACUACCAGGACUUCAUGCGUGACAGCCAGGACUCACAGCUCUUCGGCCCCGAUGACCGCAUGCAGAUCGAGGAGGACUACACAAAGACGACCCAGCAUUUCGACAACCUGCUUCGCUCCAUGGAGAAGGGACUAAUGGUUGUUAGGCUCAAAGGUCAACAGGAUGAAUCUCUGUGUAAGAACUACAUCUCUGAGCUCAAGGACCUUCGUCUGCACAUAGAGGACUGUGAGGCUCGGACUGUGGCUCGCAUACGCAAACCUGUGGAGAAGGAGCCUCUGAAGGAAUGUGUUCAGAAGACAACAGAGCAGAAGAAAGUCCAUGUGGAGCUUGAGGGCCUCAAGAAGGACCUUGAUAAGGUAUCUGUAAGGACACAAGAAGUCUUGGCCUCCCCUCAGCAGGCUGCCUCAGCUCCUGUUCUGCGGUCAGAGCUUGACCUGACUGUGCAGAAGAUGGAUCAUGCCCACAUGCUGUCCUCUGUUUAUCUCGAGAAGCUGAAGACUGUGGAAAUGGUCAUCCGUAACACACAGGGUGCUGAAGGAGUUCUCAAACAGUAUGAGGACUGUCUGCGUGAAGUCCACACUGUGCCCAGUGAUGUCAAGGAAGUAGAGACUUACAGAACAAAACUGAAGAAAAUGCGGGCUGAGGCUGAGGGUGAACAGCCAGUGUUUGAUUCCCUGGAGGAAGAGAUGAAGAAAGCCUCUGCCGUGAGUGACAAGAUGUCUCGUGUGCACAGCGAGCGUGAUGCUGAACUGGACCAUUACCGCCAGCUCCUGUCUAGUCUUCAGGACCGCUGGAAGGCUGUGUUCACCCAGAUCGACCUUCGCCAGAGAGAGCUGGAGCAGCUUGGUCGCCAGCUAGGAUACUAUCGUGAGAGCUAUGAUUGGCUGAUACGCUGGAUUGCCGACGCCAAGCAAAGGCAGGAGAAGAUCCAGGCUGUGCCCAUCACUGACAGCAAAACUCUGAAGGAGCAGCUUGCCCAGGAGAAGAAACUGCUGGAGGAGAUUGAGCAGAACAAAGACAAAGUGGAUGAGUGUCAGAAGUAUGCUAAAGCAUACAUUGAUACUAUCAAGGACUAUGAACUCCAACUGGUUGCCUACAGAGCUCAGGUGGAGCCUCUUGCUUCUCCCUUGAAGAAAACCAAACUGGAUUCUGCCUCUGACAACAUUAUUCAGGAGUACGUAACACUGAGGACCCGGUACAGCGAGCUGAUGACUCUGACUAGUCAGUACAUCAAGUUCAUCACCGACACGCAGCGUCGCUUGGAGGAUGAGGAGAAAGCUGCAGAGAAACUCAAAGCGGAAGAGCAGAAAAAAAUGGCCGAGAUGCAGGCUGAGUUAGACAAACAGAAGCAGUUAGCUGAAGCUCAUGCAAAGGCCAUUGCCAAAGCUCAGAAAGAGGCUCAAGAGCUGAAGCUCAGAAUGCAGGAAGAAGUAAGCAAGAGAGAAGUUGCUGCUGUAGAUGCAGAAAAACAAAAACACAACAUCCAGCUGGAACUGCAUGAGCUCAAAAACAUCUCAGAGCAGCAGAUCAAGGACAAGAGUCAACAGGUGGAUGAAGCUCUUCAAAGCAGGAUCAAGAUUGAGGAGGAAAUCCGCCUCAUUAGGAUCCAGCUUGAGACAACAGUAAAACAAAAGUCAACCGCUGAAGCUGAGCUCCAACAACUUCGCGAUAGAGCAGAUGAGACUGAGAAACACAGAAAGGCUGCCCAGGAGGAAGCUGAGAAGCUCCGCAAACAAGUCAAUGAAGAGACCCAGAAAAAGCGCAUAGCAGAGGAUAAACUCAAAGACAAAUAUGAGGCGGAGAAGGAAGCUGCUAGGCAAAAGCAAAAAGCCCUGGAAGACCUUGAACUCCUCAAGAGGCAGGCCGAGGAGGCUGAAAGACAGGUGAAGCAAGCGGAGAUUGAAAAGGAAAGACAAAUCAAAGUUGCUCAGGAGGCAGCCCAGAAGAGCGCCGCUGCUGAGCUCCAGAGCAAACACAUGUCCUUUGUGGAAAAGACCUCAAAGUUAGAGGAAUCACUCAAGCAGGAGCAUGGUGCUGUCCUUCAGCUGCAACAACAAGCAACGCAUCUCAAGAAACAACAGGAAGAUGCAGAACAAGCCAGGGAAGAGGCAGAAAAAGAGCUUGAGAAAUGGAGGCAGAAAGCUAAUGAGGCCCUCCGUCUAAGACUCCAGGCUGAGGAAGAAGCUCAUAUAAAGAGCCUUGCUCAAGAAGAAGCUGAGAAACAGAAGGAAGAGGCUGAGCGUGAGGCUAAAAAGCGAGCCAAAGCUGAAGAGUCAGCCCUAAAGCAGAAAGAUAUAGCUGAGAAAGAACUUGAGAGGCAGAGAAAGGUAGCUGAGAGCACAGCUCAGCAGAAACUCACUGCAGAACAAGAACUGAUUCGACUUAGGGCAGACUUUGACAAUGCAGAACAACAGAGAUCCCUCCUUGAAGAUGAACUUUACCGUCUAAAGAAUGAAGUCAUUGCAGCUCAACAACAAAGGAAACUGCUAGAAGAUGAACUUGCCAAAGUGAGGAGUGAAAUGGAUGUACUCAUUAAGCUCAAGUCCAAGGCGGAAAAUGAGUCCAUGUCCAACACAGAGAAGAGCAAACAGCUUCUUGAGGCAGAGGCCGCCAAGAUGAGGGACCUGGCUGAGGAGGCGAGCAAGCUCAGAGCCAUUGCAGAGGAAGCCAAGCAUCAGAGACAAGUUGCUGAGGAAGAGGCAGCUCGUCAGAGAGCAGAAGCUGAGAGGAUUCUCAAAGAGAAGCUGGCUGCAAUCAGUGAGGCUACUCGUUUGAAGACAGAGGCUGAAAUUGCCCUGAAGGAGAAGGAGGCAGAAAAUGAGAGACUCCGGCGACAAGCUGAGGAUGAGGCUUACCAGAGGAAAGCUCUUGAAGACCAGGCCAACCAGCACAAGCAAGAGAUUGAGGAAAAGAUAGCCCAACUCAAGACAUCAUCUGAAGCUGAAAUGGAAAGACAAAAGGCCAUAGUGGAUGACACACUCAAACAGAGACGGGUUGUCGAGGAAGAAAUACGAAUUCUUAAGCUCAACUUUGAAAAGGCUUCAUCAGGAAAACUCGAUCUGGAGCUAGAACUGAACAAACUGAAAAACAUUGCAGAGGAAACUCAACAAAGCAAGCUCAGAGCAGAGGAGGAAGCAGAGAAACUAAGGAAGCUUGCCCUUGAGGAGGAGAAGAGGAGGAGGGAAGCAGAGGAGAAGCUUAAGAAGAUUGCAGCUGCAGAGGAAGAGGCAGCUAGACAACGCAAGGCAGCCCAAGAAGAGCUUGAGCGCCUGAAAGCGAAAGCAGAAGAAGUCAGAAAGCAGAAAGAAGAAGCUGACAAAGAAGCAGAAAAACAGAUUGUUGUAGCCCAACAAGCAGCCCUGAAAUGCAGUGCAGCUGAACACCAAGUCCAAAGUGUCCUGGCCCAACAAAAGGAAGACAGCAUCAUGCAGAAGAAGCUUAAGGAUGAAUUUGAGAAAGCCAAGAAGCUUGCGAAAGAGGCUGAGGCUGCCAAGGAGAAGGCAGAGAGAGAGGCAGCUCUCCUUCGUCAACAAGCAGAGGAAGCAGAACGACAAAAAUCGGCUGCUGAGCAAGAAGCUGCAAACCAAACCAAAGCUCAGGAGGAUGCUGAGAGGUUAAGGAAGGAGGCUGAAUUUGAAGCUGCUAAACGAGCACAGGCAGAAGCUGCAGCACUCAAGCAAAAGCAACAAGCGGAUGCUGAAAUGGCAAAACACAAAAAACUGGCAGAGCAAACAUUAAAACAGAAGUUCCAAGUCGAGCAAGAGCUCACAAAGGUUAAACUUAAGCUUGAUGACACUGAUAAACAGAAAGCUGUCCUGGAUGAAGAGCUGCAGCGCUUGAAGGACGAGGUUGAUGACGCUGUCAAACAAAGGGCCCAGGUGGAGGAUGAGCUAUUCAAAGUCAAGAUUCAGAUGGAGGAACUACUCAAACUGAAAAGCAGAAUUGAGGAGGAAAAUCAGCGCCUCAUCAAGAAAGACAAAGAUAACACACAAAAAUUACUUGCAGAAGAGGCUGAAAAUAUGAAAAGGCUUGCAGAGGAUGCUGCUAGGCUUAGUGUAGAAGCCCAAGAAGCUGCACGCUUGAGACAGAUUGCAGAAGAAGACCUCAACCAGCAACGAACUCUUGCAGAUAAAAUGCUCAAAGAGAAAAUGCAGGCCAUACAAGAGGCAUCUAGACUUAGAGCUGAGGCAGACAUGCUCCAAAAGCAGAAGGACUUGGCUCAGGAGCAGGCACAAAAGCUGCUGGAGGAUAAACAACUAAUGCAACAGCGUCUGGAGGAGGAAACAGAGGAGUACCAGAAAUCACUUGAGGCAGAGAGAAAAAGGCAACUGGAGAUCAUAGCUGAAGCUGAAAGACUUAAGCUUCAGGUUUCUCAGCUCAGUGAAGCCCAGGCCAAAGCUGAAGAGGAAGCUAAGAAAUUCAAGAAACAAGCUGAUUCAGUUGCUGCUCGUCUUCAUGAGACUGAAAUAGCCACCAAAGAACAAAAGACAGUAGUGGAAAUACUGGAAGUCGAGAGACUUAAUACCAGCAAAGAGGCUGACGAUUUACGCAAAGCUAUUGCAGACCUAGAGAAGGAGAAGUCUAAACUGAAAAAGGAGGCUGAAGAACUUCAAAAUAAGUCUAAAGAGAUUGCUGAUGCACAGCAGAAACAAAUGGAACAUGAGAAGACAGUGCUCCAGCAGACAUUCCUGACAGAAAAGGAAAUGCUGUUGAAGAAGGAGAAGCUAAUUGAAGAUGAGAAAAAGAGGCUGGAGAGCCAAUUUGAAGAAGAGGUCAAAAAGGCCAAGGCUCUCAAAGAUGAACAGGAACGCCAGAGACAGCUUAUGGAGGAGGAGAAGAAGAAACUCCAGGCGACCAUGGAUGCGGCCCUGAAUAAGCAGAAAGAGGCGGAGAAAGAGAUGCUUAACAAGCAAAAAGAAAUGCAGGAGCUGGAAAAGAAGAGACUAGAGCAGGAAAGAAUUCUUGCAGAAGAGAACCAGAAACUGCGUGAGAAGCUGCAGCAGCUUGAGGAAGCACCAAAACUGGAGACACUUAAAGCAGUUUACAAUGGCCAAAAUGCCAGUGAAGUGGUAGACAGUGUGGAGAAGAGACCAGAUCCACUGGCUUUUGACGGCAUCCGUGAUAAGGUACCUGCAAGCAGACUUCAUGACAUCGGUCUUUUACCCAAGAAGGACUUUGAUAAGCUGAAAAAUGGAAAAACCACUGUGCAAGAGCUUGGUGAAACUGAAAAUCUGAAAAGAAUUCUUAAAGGAAAGGACUGCAUUGCUGGUGUUUUGACACCAGCUAAUCAAAAAAUGUCAAUCUAUCAGGCAUCAAAAGAGAAGAAGCUUACUCUAGGCACAGCCAUGAUCCUUCUUGAAGCCCAGGCAGCCACAGGUUACAUUUUAGACCCUAUUAAGAACCAGAAACUUUCUGUAAAUGAGGCUGUCAGGGAAGGCGUAAUUGGCCCUGAACUACACCACAAAAUGCUUUCAGCUGAGAGGGCCAUUGUUGGCUACAAAGAUCCAUACACUGGUGGGAAGAUAUCUGUCUUUGAAGCUAUGAAAAAGGGUCUUCUGGACCAUGAUCAUGCCAUCAGAGUCCUUGAGGCUCAGCUUGCAACAGGUGGCAUCAUCGACCCUGUCAACAGUCACCGUGUACCCAAUGAAACAGCCUAUAAACAGGGACAAUAUGAUGCAGAAAUGAAUAAGAUUAUGGAGAACCCUUCAGAUGACACAAAGGGAUACUUUGACCCCAGCACUCAGGAGCCUUUGACAUAUUCUGAGCUAAUGGCGAGAUGCACCACUGACCCUGACACAGGUCUGCUACUCCUGCCAAUCACAGAUAAAGCUGCUCAGUGCUCAAGUAUAUACACAGAGGAGGAAACCAAGGAUGUGUUCAGCAAAACAACUGUGUCUGUGCCAUUUGGAAGAUUCAAGGGAAAGACUGUUACCAUUUGGGAAAUAAUCAAUUCUGAGUACUUCACUGAGGACCAGAAGAAGGACCUUCUCCGUCAGUACAAGACAGGCAAAAUCACAAUUGAAAAAAUCAUUAAGAUUGUGAUCACUGUGGCAGAGGAGAAAGAGAAGAAGAAUGAAAUUACCUUUGAUGGUCUGAGAGCACCUGUCCCUGCAACUGAUCUCCUGGAAUCCAAAAUCAUUGAUAAAGACCUGUACAACAAAUUACACAAGGGAAAUAAGACAGUCAAAGAGGUGUCUGAAAUGGAGCCUGUCCAUAAAGCACUGAAGGGUACAAACUGCAUUGCAGGUGUAAUUAUUGACUCAUCCAAGGAGACAAUGUCCUUCUAUCAAGCUAUGAAGAAGGACAUGAUGAGGCCAGGGCCUGCCUUGAUUAUGCUUGAAGCCCAAGCAGGAACAGGCUACAUAGUUGACCCUGUUAAUAAUCAGAAACACACUGUUGAUGAAGCUGUCAAAGCAGGUGUUGUCGGUCCUGAGCUGCAUGAAAAGCUCCUGUCUGCAGAGAGAGCUGUGACAGGUUACAAAGAUCCUUACACUGGAAAGACUGUAUCGCUGUUCCAGGCAAUGAAAAAAGAUCUCAUACCUAAAGAACAAGGAAUCCGACUGCUUGAUGCCCAAAUGACCACAGGUGGCAUCAUCGAUCCAGUAAAGAGCCAUCGCAUUCCACAUGAUGUGGCCUGCAAGAGAAAUUAUUUUGAUGAUGAAAUGAAGCAGGCUCUAAGCUGUCCCACGGAUGAAACUAAAUGCUUCUUUGACCCCAACACAAAAGAAAAUAUCACAUACUCACAGCUCUUCAAGAGAUGUGUCACUGACAAGAAAACUGGUCUCCAGCUUCUUCCUCUUUCUGACGAAGCAAUAAAUGCAAAGGAGGAGCAAGCAUACACUGAAGCCCAGACAAAAGAGGCUAUGACUCAGGCAACAGUGGAGCUUGAUUCUGGACCAUUUAAGGGCAGGAAGAUGACCAUCUGGGAAAUAAUCAACUCUGAAUAUCUCACUGAAGAACAAAGGCUUGACCUGAUCAGACAGUUUAGAUCCGGAAAGGUCACAAUUGAAAAGAUCAUCAAGAUCGUUAUCACGAUUGUAGAUGAGAAGGAGGCCAAGAAACGAGAACAGUCCAGCUUCAAGGGACUCAGAGCCCCUGUCCCAGCAGUCUCUUUGUAUGAUUCCAAAAUCAUUGACAAACCAACCUUUGAACUUCUUCAACAAGGCAAAACAACACCUCAACAAGUCAGUGAGAAUCCCAAUGUCAGUAAAUACCUCCAAGGAUCUGAAAGCGUUGCUGGCAUCUACCUGGAGCCAACGAAAGAGAAAGUAAGCAUUUAUCAGGCCAUGAGAAAAAAGCUCCUCAGACACAGCACAGGCCUUUCACUUCUUGAGGCCCAGGCUGCCACUGGGUUCAUUGUAGAUCCAGUGAGGAACCAGUGCCUCACAGUAGAUGAGGCAGUGAAGUCAGGCCUUGUUGGUCCAGAGCUUCAUGAAAAACUCCUCUCUGCAGAAAAAGCUGUCACUGGCUAUAAAGAUCCAUUCACAGGAAACAAAAUCUCCCUCUUUGAGGCAAUGCAAAAAGAUCUCAUCCUGAAAGAGCAUGCCAUGCCACUGUUAGAGGCACAAAUGGUUAGUGGAGGAAUUAUUGACCCUGUACAUAGCCAUCGUGUCCCAGCUGAUGCUGCAUAUCAGAAGAACAUUUUCAGCAAAGAGAUUGCAAAGACCCUGUGUGAACCAUCUGAUGAUAACAAGGCUUUCUCAGACCCAGAAAGUGAUGAGAAUGUCACCUACAGACAGCUCAAAGACAAAUGCCAAAGAGAUCCAGAGACAGGCCUGUACAUCCUCUCACUCUCCAAACCUCAGUCUCCAACUGUGGUGGAGAAGACAUACCUCUACACAGAGGAACAAACACAGAGUGACCUGGCCACCACCCAGAUUGACAUUCCAAUUGAGGGCCUUGCUGAUAAACCAACAAACCUCUGGGACAUCAUGAACUCAAAUUUGCUUCCAGAAGGAGAAAGGCAGAAGCUCAUGGAUGAAUAUCGCUCUGGUAAAAUCACUAAAGAGAGGAUGAUCAUCAUUAUUAUUGAGAUCAUGGAGCAGAGAGAGAUCAUUAGAAAUGAGAGCCCACUUUCAUGUAAGACUAUAAGGAGAAGGAUAACUAUUGAGGAGCUCUACAGUGCCCGCAUCAUUGACUUGGAGACAUACAACCUCCUUAAAGAAGGCAAGAGGAAUAUCCGUGACAUAAUGGAGAUGACCAGUGUGAAACAGUAUCUUUAUGGCACAGGCUGUGUUGCUGGGGUUACAACUGACUCAAGCUCCAAGAUAAGCAUAUACCAAGCAAUGAAGAGAGGUUUUAUCAAACCAGAAAUAGCCCUCAGCCUCCUUGAAGCACAAGCUGCUACAGGAUUCAUUGUUGAUCCAGUAAAGAAUGAGACGCUCACUGUUGAUGAAGCUGUUCGUAAGGGUGUUGUCGGUCCUGAGAUCCAUGAUAAACUUCUGUCAGCUGAGAGGGCAGUCACAGGAUACAAAGAUCCAUACAGCGGGAAAAUCAUAUCUCUUUUCCAGGCCAUGAAAAAGGACCUUGUUCCCGAAGAUUAUGCUCUGAAAAUGUUAGAGGCACAAACUGCAACUGGUGGUAUUAUUGAUCCUGAAUUCCAGUUCCACCUGCCAGCAGACAUUGCCGUACAAAGAGGUUAUAUCAACAAGGAAACCAACGAGAGACUGGCUGGCGAUGUUAAGGGAUUCGUUGACCCUGUCACUGAAGAGAAACUAUCAUAUGCACAACUGCUCAAGAGAUGCAAGUUAGAUGGUGGAUUGCGCCUCCUUUCCCUGGGAGACAAGAGGCUGACAUUCAAGGGUCUGAGGAAACAGAUCACAAUGGAGGAGCUGCUCAGCUCACAAAUUAUUGACCAGCAGACUGUCACUCAACUAAAUGAAGGUCUCAUUUCAGUGGAGGAAGUAAGCAAGAGGCUAUCAAGGUACCUUGAGGGCACAAGCUGUAUUGCUGGUGUGUUUUUAGAGUCCACAAAGGAACGUCUAUCAAUUUACCAGGCCAUGAAGAAGAACAUGAUUAGGCCAGGCACUGCAUUUGAGCUCCUUGAGGCACAGGCAGCCACAGGCUAUGUCAUUGAUCCAAUCAAAAACCUCAAACUGACUGUCAAUGAAGCAGUGAAAAUGGGAAUUGUCGGCCCAGAAUUCAAAGACAAGCUUCUUUCUGCUGAGCGUGCAGUGACAGGAUAUAGAGAUCCUUACUCAGGCAAGACAAUCUCCCUGUUCCAGGCCAUGAAAAAGGGGCUCAUCCUAAAAGAUCAUGGUAUCCGUCUCCUGGAAGCCCAGAUUGCCACUGGUGGAAUCAUUGACCCAGAGGAAAGUCACCGUCUGCCAGUUGAGGUGGCCUAUAAACGUGGCUUCUUUGAUGAGGAAAUGAAUGAGAUCCUGACAGAUCCAUCAGAUGACACCAAAGGUUUCUUUGAUCCCAACACUGAGGAAAACCUAACCUACCUCCAGCUCAUGGAGAGGUGCAUCACUGAUCCUGACACUGGCCUGGUGCUCCUGCUAUUGAAACAAAAGCAGCGAGAAAGGAAGACAUCUUCCAAAUCCUCAGUUCGUAAACGCAGAGUUGUCAUUGUAGACCCAGAGACAGGCAAAGAAAUGACUGUGUACGAGGCCUACAGGAAGGGACUCAUUGACCAUCAAACCUACUUGGAGCUUGCUGAGCAAGAGUGUGAAUGGGAAGAGAUCACAAUGACUUCCUCUGAUGGUACUGUCAAAUCCAUUAUCAUUGACAGGAGGUCAGGGAGACAGUAUGAUGUUGACGAUGCUCUUUCACGUGGCCUCAUUGACCAGAAUUCUCUUGAUACAUACCGAUCUGGAAACCUCUCCAUCACAGAAUUUGCUGACAUGCUUUCUGGAAACAUGGGAGGCUUCCGUUCACGAUCAUCAUCCUUUGGUUCCACCACUGGUUCCACCUACUCCUCACCUAUGAGCCCCAUACCCUCCAUUAAACCACCUGCAGUCAUAUGGAAUGACCCAACAGAGGAGACUGGCCCCAUAGCUGGAAUACUAGACGUAGACACCCUGGAGAAAGUGUCUAUCACUGAGGCAAUGCACAGAAACCUGGUAGACAAUAUCACAGGCCAAAGACUGUUGGAGGCCCAGGCAUGCACAGGAGGAAUAAUUGACCCCACAACUGGAGAGAGAUUGUCAGUCACUGAUGCUACUGAAAAAGGCCUUGUGGAUAAAGUCAUGGUUGAUCGCCUCAACCUGGCUCAAAAAGCAUUCAAUGGAUUUGAAGAUCCCAGAACUAAAGUAAAGAUGUCCGCCUCCCAGGCUCUAAAGAAGGGCUGGUUAUAUUAUGAGGCUGGCCAGCGUUUCCUUGAGAUCCAGUACUUAACAGGUGGACUCAUUGAGCCUGAUAUUGAGGGCAGAGUGUCCCUUGAUGAAUCCAUCAGGAAGGGCACGAUCGAUGCCCGUACUGCCCAGAAACUGAGAGAUGUCAGUGCUUAUUCUAAAUAUCUAACAUGUCCAAAAACCAAACUGAAAAUCUCCUUCAAAGAUGCCAUGGACAGAAGUAUGGUCGAGGAAGGAUCAAGCCUAAGGCUUCUGGAGGCCUCCUCACAAUCCAGCAAAGGCCUCUACAGUCCCUACAAUGUCAGUGGCUCUGGAUCUGCUUAUGGUUCCCGAACUGGCUCAAGGACUGGAUCCCGAUCAGGCUCCAGGAGAGGCAGCUUUGACGCUGGCUCUGGCUUCAGCAUGAACUUCUCAUCAUCCUCCUUCACAUCCUCUUCAACAAGCUACAACCGCAGAUUCUAAUUAACAGAAUUAGUUUUCUUUCUAACAACUUGUGACUAAGAACCAACAAUACUAAUGCACUUUACAGUUGCAUUUCUCACAGGAAAAAUUAGUUACAGUAACAAAGAAAAUAUAAUUUAUUUAUUCUGCUCUGCAUGUGGUCACUAUUGGCUAUUAAUUUUUUUUCAUAUAUAGCAGAUGUCUAAACAUGUGCCUCAUAAAUGGAGACAUAACCAAGCAUUGCUAGAUAUAUAAAAAUAUUAAUUUCCUUUAGUAUUGAUUAUAAAGUCAGUCUAUAUUUUUCAAAGCAAAGCAUGAUUAUCACCUGUUUUUUAAGUGACUUUUUAGUUUUCAUUUUACACGUUAGUUGUAUACUUGUGCUUUCUGAAACUAAUAUAUAAUGUAUGUAAGUCAAACAGAAAUAUUUUUCCAGUAUUCCUUGUUUCCUUUUAAAUUCAAGAUUAUUUGUCUGUUUUUUAUCUUUUAUCUUUUUGACAGUACUAUAAUAAGAUACUGUAUGUCAGUGUAGUUCUGAUGCUUUUAACAGAUUCUAAAAUACAUAGAUGCCUUUAAAUUUCUGAAUGUUUGUAUAGAGUAUGGGCAGAUUUUUUGUGAAUGUUUUUAUGUUAAAUGUUUCCUGGGUAACUAAAUAGUACACCCAGCCAGAAUAUACCUGUGAGACACUAUAAAACGAGACAUUACUAGAAUACAACGCUGACAAUAAGUGCCAGAAUUAAAAUUAUGCAGACUGUUCUAAAACCAGUUUCACCUCUGUCAUUACUUUGUAGUCAUUUAUAUUCAGUGGACUUUUACAUUCUUUGAGUUCAUUACUUCAUAGUUUUGCACACUACAAGUUUUGGAUUCUUCACAUUCACCGUCAAUCAAGUGUUCCUGAUAAAUCCCAAGAUGAUGUCAGACUUGAGCCUGAUACACACCUGCCUCCUGUUAUUUUGAUUCUUAUGCCUCAGUCCCUUAGAAUCCAACAUCUGAGCACAGAUGCUCAGCUGGCUGGAGCAUACGAUCCCUUCAACUUAGAUGGAUUUGUGAGACUCUGUCAUCCUCACGCAGUAACACAGAUCUGCCAUUGAAUAUAUCCAUUAUUUCCAUCGCACAUUUGCAAUGACAUCACAUUUGAAGAAAGCUGAGGCUGAGUCAACCUGACACCAUCUUGGGAUACCUUUCUAGGAACACUCUUCAUUCAUGACCUUUUUUCACGUAUUUAUUACUUGAAUGCUAAUAGUGAUAUUUAUGUUGUCAUAUCCUGAUUUUUAAGAGAACACUCCCAAAGCAUACAGACACUGUCAUUUCAAUUGGAAAUAACUGUAAUGAUACAACAGCACAUCUUUAUUUCAUUAGUCUUAAGUCCACUGCAUAUAUUUUUGCAUUAUCUCUGACUGUAAAUUCAGUUCAACCAAAGCACUAAUGAGAGAAAUUUGGAGAAUUGACAUAUUUGAUACAGAACCACAUUGCAUGAAUGUAUGUAUUAUAUCAAAUGAACUCUUUUCAGUUGACAUUUUGCCACAGAUUUCCUUUGCAAACUGAAAAACAGCUUGAAGCUUUACUUUGCUCAGUUAUUAUUCCACAGCAAGUAUUUCUUCUAUGCAUCUCUAAAGUGUUUUACUUCUGUAAAUCCUUUUACUUUGUUUUCAUCAUGUUUUUGAUAUAUUAUGAAUUUGCCUUGCAUGUUUUACUAACUUUACAAAGGAUAUUUGAAAAAAAAGAUGUAAAAUAAAGAAAAAUGCAGAUGUAACUGUGCUGAUAUUGGCAAUAUAUAAAAUCACAAACUAACUGGUUGGUUUUUCUUAUAGGCCAGAUUUUGCUUUGAAUGAUACAGUGAGUGGAUUCGUUGUAUGUUCCGAACAUAACACAAUGUUGUAAAUAAAUAUGCUCUGAAGAGGC